GCAUUGGCAACAUUAGUAGCGACCGUCGCGCUGCGCGUGGUAAUCAACUAUGAAUUAAAUCAUUUGCUAUUGUUCUGUACCGAAAAUUUUCACGUAUUAAGAUUAAUAAUAUAUUCAAUGAUUUUGUAACUAAAUUAGUGUAGUGAAAAUGACAUUGAAUAUUUAGUCUAUAACGAUUAAUUAGUUUUAGAAAUCCGUUUAUUUCUCUGACAGUGUAAUUAUCAGUGAGUAUUAUGAACUUUGAGGACUAUGAAACGCUUCCGACCCAAAAUUCCAUCACACACAUGACGGCGGGAGCGAUCGCCGGGGUGAUGGAACAUUGUGUGAUGUACCCAUUGGACUCGGUCAAGACUCGGAUGCAGUCUCUGCGAUCAGCUCAUAAUGGCAGCAUCGUCGAAACUUUCCGAUAUAUGGUGCAACGAGAGGGAUUGCUCAGACCCAUCCGCGGCAUGUCAGCCGUGGUGGUUGGCGCUGGACCGGCGCAUGCGUGUUUCUUCGCGACGUAUGAACAGAGCAAACACACUUUAUCACAGCUCACCAGGCAUCGGCAUGAUCAUAUUACCCACGGUCUUUCCGGCUGUUUGGCAUCACUAAUCCACGAUGCCGUCUCAAAUCCCACCGAAGUUGUGAAACAGCGGUUGCAGAUGUUGAAUUCGCCGUACCGUGGCGUGUGGGAGUGUGCCAGACAUGUUUAUAGGGCUGAAGGUUUGCGUGCAUUCUACCGUUCGUAUGGAACACAGGUCACCAUGAACGUACCGUUCCAGGCUGUACACUUCGUAACGUACGAGUGGUGUCAAUCCCGAAUGAACCCAACGCGUGGGUACGAACCGCGAGCCCAUUUGACGGCGGGCGCGUGUGCGGGCGCACUCGCUGCAGCCACCACUACGCCGCUUGAUGUUUGCAAGACACUGCUUAACACGCAGGAGCGAGGCGCAGAGGGCUUAGUAGGCGCCGCGGGUCUGGUAAUGCGAACCUCAGGGCCGCGAGGGUUCUUCAGGGGCGUGGCCGCGCGAGUCUUAUACCAAAUGCCGGCUGCUGCCAUCUGUUGGUUGACUUAUGAGACAUUGAAACACGCCCUCAAUACGGUAGAGUUAGCCGAUGAGUCACCAACAAACACCGCAGGUUCGAGUCUCGCGUGUGCAACUUUAAGAAUAGCGGCUGCCGAAGUGCCAGCCACUACACUCACGCGCACAUAACACACUAACAACCUCCUCUCGUACAAAACUAAUUAACGGAUGCCCGUAUGUUAGAACGUAUUAGGUUAGGCGCUUUCUAACGAUAAUUUCGAUUUAAAAUAUUUUAUUUACAAAAUGAAAAAAAUUGUUUUAAAAAUAAAUGUAAUGUGUAUUACAUAUUUGUGAAAAUGAUUUAUGUAUAUGCAUUUGAAAGUAUUUUUUUUUUUUGCAAAACUAUCAUGAAAAAUACUCUUCCAUCAUCCAUAUAUUUUUUAUAUAAUAAUGUCUUCUAGUAAUAUUAUAUAUGUAAAUCUCUUUACAAAAUGGUCCUUAGAAAUAUCUGCAUAAUUCUUUAGAUUUACAAAAUUUUUUUCACAAUACACAUUUCACAUAAGCAUGGUAAAAAUGUGUCUGAAAAAAAAAAAAGAUUUCCGAAAUUAGUUAAAAUUCAAUUACUUUAUGAAUUUUAAAAUAAUGUUUCAUAGAAAAUUCGAACUAACAGUUCUUCUGAAAAAAGAAUUAGUAGUACUCUGAAAAGAGGUCAUAUGAAACUUGACAAUUUGCAGAAAAUAUUGACAGUUGACAUUUGAUCGGUAGCUAGUCUGUCGAAAUAAGUACAGAUAAUUUGAAUAGGAUCGUCAAAUAUCCCAGUGAUUUUGUUUGAUUUUUAGGAUGAGGGGAGGGAGUUGUUGUUGUUAUGUUUUGUUGUUUACAGAGUAUAUAUUAUCGAGUAAAAAUAUUUUUGUGUUGUAUUUUAGUAUGUUUGUAUACACGCUUUGUGGGUCUCUUGUAAUUUUUAAGGAUUCUUAUAAAUAUUUUGCGCGUGUAUUUCUUAUAAUAUUUAAUAAUUUAUUGAUCUUUGCCAUGGUCUAACCAAUGCAAUGUUGAUUUUUCAUCUCGGAUAACUAACCUUUAUUUCAAUUUUUUUAAGUUUUUCCUUAAUUUCUGAGGCCUUAGCACCAAUUUUAUUUCGUAUUUGUAUGUAUGUUUUGAGUUUUUGACAGCUCGAACUUUAUACAUUCGUAUAGUUUACAUAUUAUAUUUUAACGGUUCAAAUCCGGACAUCUGUUUAGUUCCAAAUAUGCCCACGAAGCGCUUCUCAAAUUUCCGAUACAAAAAUGUAUUAUAACUUUUCUAUUACAAUAGCUAUACGAAGUGCUAAGGCCUGAUGUGUCCAAAACCAAUGAAAUUGGUCGACCAAACUCUGAAACUAAAUCUCGGGUUGUUAUAUUUAACUAACGAAGUAUCCGUAAGUUACAUAAGAUGUACACAGGCGUGUAUUUGUAUGAUAUUGUAUGUGUGAAUUAGAAUUUAGCUGUGAUGUUACGAAUAAAUUAAUUAAGUCAUUAUAAAUAGUUUGGAUAUUAAGUAUUACUUACCGUACACACGAUACAAUAAGUGUUGUCUUUAUAGUAUGGUUUGUGCGGUUUUGUUUUUAAUCUCGUAUGAGUUUUUUUUUAAAUUUCUGUUAAUGUUUCAUAUUUUACAAUAUAUUCGUUUAUUGUUUGACGUUAACUGUAUUUUGUAGUAAUGCUUUUUGGGAUUCCUUAAGGCUACGUAAAGCAAGCGUACCAACAUAAUUUAAUUAUAAAAUUAAUCAGAAAGACUUAUUCGAAUCUAAAUAAAAACAGAUAAAUCAGCAAAUAUCUAUCCCACAACCACAGUCAAAUAGUUUUUUGUUGGUUCGCGUUUGUAAUAUUUUUUUUAUUCAAAAUUAUACAAUUCGCGCGGUAUCUCAUUUCAAAAACCGCGUUUGGUCACAUUGGCCUUUAAUUAUGAUAUUAUAAUAAAUUACUAAAUUUAGCGCGUAGUUUUUACGUCGUAUUGGUUACCUUAAUGUAAAUAAAAUUGAAAUCACGUUUUAGUUGCCUCUAGAAUCGACACAAACAAUAAAUAGAUGUACAGAAUGUAUAUUUGUAAAAAUCGACAGUUUUCAGCUUGGUAUACGUCGGCUGUGAUUUCUGUUUCGGAUUAUUUGGGACUUGUAAAUAUUUUACUCACGCACAGCGUUAAAACGAAUGGGAAGAUAAAAUGUGCGUUUUGUUCGAUUAUGGCUUGGAUUGUAGUUUAAAUGACUUGGAAACUUUGACGAUAGUUCGAGCCUAUGAUUGUUUCUCUUCGUACAAAAUUGUUACGGAUUUGAAUGUAAUAAUUCUGUUUCAAUGUUGUCCCGGGGAAGGCUGGUUUCCACCGAUUUGCAAAUGAACGUGGACAUUGGAUUAAAUGGUUAGAUUCAUAGAUAAGAAGAUUCAAAUUGGUCUAAAUGUUUGUUUACAAGACACAAUACCGUAUUUAUAAUGAAAUUGUGAAUUUUAGUUUGACAAUAUUUUUGGAACGGCUGGAUAACUGAAUCUAUUCUUUAUCUAUGGUUAGGUUAGUGAUCCUUUGGGAUCGAAAACAGAGGUGCUAUGAUAGGAGAGCGAUUGUUACUAAAAUAUAAAACUCAUAUAGGAGGAGGAAUAAAAGAAAUGGCUGUACUACAACUGCUUAUCAACAUAUAGGUAUUUUAUUAAAUAAUUUAGUUAAUAUUGUACUAAUUAAAUUAUUUCAUACAAACUUAAAAUAUGUUGCUUGUAGCAAUCGCUCUGGUGUGAAACUGUAAAUUAUGGUUAUGAGUAUCAAAGUCAAAUUGUAUUAGAAGCCGGUGUGAACCAUGUUCUAUUAAAUGAGACAAAAUAAACAGUUGGACAAUAA